AUGCAUUCAUGUCCUCGUUGCAGGUCUGAAAAAUCGGCCACUGAUGGGCAAGCCGACUCUCAGCAUUCAUUGGCAAGUGCCGAGGCCAUUCUAGAUGGCAAACACUACUCAUCUCCCGUCAUCCGAAGAACCCCCCUUGACUCACGAAUGCCCUACGAUCUGCUGUGCGCUUCUCCUGCACAGUCUACUACCACAGGCCUUAUUACCACUGCCUCCCCUGUUCCUUUAUCUGAUCUCAAACUGUCUGAUUUCAGAAUCCCCGCAUCUCUUCCUGCUCAUUUCUCAACCAAAUCUUUCUCCACAGACGCAUGUGGUGGCUCAGUCCCAGUGCCCCGGAAGGCACUGAUACCGCUGCUUGCUCUCCAUUCCUUAGACAAUACCUCUCAUGAUCCCCUAAAUGACAGUGGCAGGGGAGAUGACACCGGCAGUUUGGAUGGCCUUUGUGAGGGCCCGAGUAUGGAAAAGCCAGUAUCUGGGACGCCUAUGCCUCUUCCUCACUGUGAGGCGUUUUCUGGUAGUAUGUCUGAUCGGCCA